CAGCCAAUGUCCCCACACAUGGAGAUUGCCGACCGACUCCUCAAGAGAGCCAUGGACAUGACCUACGAAACCCUUGAGGACCUCGGAGCCAGCAGGGAGGACCUCGAGCGAGUUCAGCAAAAGAGAAGCUACAUUCAGACGUGCUACUUCCAGGCCAUUUCCUGUUAUUAG